AUGAAUGAAAGUUGUAAUCCGUUAGUUAAUGUUUUUACACCAAAUGAAAAUGUGCAAACACCACACGAUGAGACAAAUGAUAAUAUGACAGAUGAAAUACCCGAAGAUCGUAACAAUAGACUUAAAAGUAUUGUAUGGGAUUAUUUUACAAAGGUCAAAGUUGAUGAAAAAGAAAAGACUAAAUGUAAUUAUUGCAAGAAAUUGUUUGGUGAGAGAGCAAGAGACGAGAACUCACACUUGCGCGGACAUAUGAAAAUAAGUACUCCACGUUUGAAUACCAUGGGACAUAAUAACGAACAAAUAUUUCUUACCGCUAAGGUCUUGCAAGGUAAAAAGGAGUUGGUGACUGGAAUUUAUGAUGCUGAAAAUGCUAGGAAAGAGCUUGCACAUGCAAUUAUUUUGCAUGAAUAUCCACUUUCAAUAGUGGAGCAUAUUGGUUUUAGGAGAUACUCAGUCUCUCUCCAACCAUUAUUUCAAGUUCCUUGUAGAAAUACUAUAAAGAAAGAGAUAUUUAAAGUGUAUGAAGUUGAGAAAACCAUAAUUUUGAAGUUGUUAGAAACUCUCCCACAAAGAGUGGCCAUUACUUCUGACAUGUGGACUGCGAGCAAUAAAAAAAAAAGGUUUAUUUAUGUUCCUGCCCCUCAUACAAGUAAAAGACUUUGUAAAGCAUUGGUUGAAUGUUUGAUGGAUUGGAACAUUGAUACAAAAUUGUCAACUAUCACUUUAGAUAAUUGUAGCACUAAUGAUGCAAUAAUCGAAAAAAUUAAGGAUAAGUUGCAAUUGAAUACAUUGUUAAAGGAUGAGGUCUUACUUCACAUGCGUUGUUGCGCACACAUUCUUAAUUUGAUAGUAAAAGAUGGGUUAGAAGUUGUGAAAGAUGGAGUGGAGAGGAUUCAAGAUAGUGUUGCAUAUUGGACUGCAACACCUAAAAUGAAGGAAAAGUUUGAGGAGACUGUCAAACAAUUACGAAUCUCUUGCACCAAGAAUUUGGUUUUAGAUUGUCCGACUAGAUGGAAUUCAACUUACAAGAUGCUUGAUGUUGCCAUUUUGUAUGAAGAUGUAUUUAGUUGA